ACGUUUGAUCCACGCGGGGCUCCUGCGCCAGCAGUCGGCACUUGGCGUACGGACGCGCAGGGCACACAGAGGUCUUUGCCGCUGUUUGAGGUGGGUCUGCGGGUCCCGGUUCAUCGUAGUUCUCUUUAAGUGUCGGUGAGACAGUCCUGGAUUCCUUCGGUGUUCGGUCGGGGAUGCGCAUCUGGACCGGACAGUGUCCCGGGGACAUUUACGCGUCGAGGAGCUGCGCUGCACCUCUGCCUGUCCCCCUGCCCCCACACAGGAAAUAAUCCCACCGGUUGAGGAUAGUUUAUCUUUUUUUUUUUUUUGUCGGAAUGGCAGGCGCAAAGUGCCUUCUGAAAACGCCGAGGUAAGAGCCUUUUUAUAUGUAGGCUAUGAUCCCAGAAUAUAAAAGAAAAGCAAAGACGCACGUUCCCAAACAACAACUGAAUGUGAUUUCAGCUGCAAACACACAUUUAAUUAUUUCUUGGUAAACAUUUGUUGCCUUUUAUUUUCAUUUCUUUAACACAUAUCAGAUGAAUUUGAUGUUCAACAUGUUUUUAAGUAUUUCCAAUUACCUCCUUUGCAGCAUCGCAAUGAUAGGAGUUGACAGUGAAUAUAUGAUCAUUUAUCACACUGCUCUAAAUCAAAAGCUUAGUUUUUUUGCUGUGCAUUGUGCUUGUGUGCGUUUAAAUGUUGGAAAAAGCGCACCAGCAUUCACGCAGAGUGGUGCAGUAAAGCUGCUUCCACACUUAGCUGUCCUCACCCGUGCAGUAAACAAGAUGUCUCAGCCUGACUGAUAGAUAUGUGAGGCAGAAAAGACAGUGAAAACAGUCUAAAUUAAGAUGUUCGUGUUCACAUUUACACCCCGGUAUUUUUCUUGAUAGACUUCGCUCCUUUAUCUACUUUCCUCCUGGACAACUGGUUUCUGAAGGUUUCUGCAGUCUCCGCGACCCUAAACUUGCCAGAUCGAUUAUUUUGCGCAGCUGAACGCUCUCCAAAGUAAUGAAUCUCGAAGGCUGCCCCCCCAGAAGUUGUCUUUUUGUUCUCAGUUCUCAAUAAACUGGCCGUCAGCUCCUCUGAGGUCUGCCGAAAAACUCAACUACAUAAUCUGUCACAGAGAAUUACAGCCUGUCCUUGAAAGCCAGGCGUUUCAGGGGUUAAUUGUGUCCUCCUCACAUCUGGGGGAUGCCUGCUGGGUACCUGCCCCCCUCCCCGGUGCACGAGAGCGCACCAAUUUGUCAAUCAUCGGCGUGUCGUGAUGGAAACGCGCAAAGAUUAAAAAGGAGGUCGUGCGUGACAGAUCCGUCCAUUGGUCUUUUUUCAGUUCCCUGAGAAAAUUACUCCUCUUGCAUGAAGACCACAGACACUCACCGGUCAAUGAUGUCCCUUUCUCUUCUCGCUCGAUUCCAAUUUUCUGCAGGAUUCCAACGUGUUCACUGCAGAUUGUGUUCGUGUGCGUGUGUGUGUGCGUACGUGUGUAUAUUGGAUGGAUGUUUUCAUAUGUGCCUGCAGAGAGUAGCUUAUUGGAAGCAUAUAUUCACUUAUCUUCAGUACAGUAUUUUUCAUGAGCACCAGCAUUACAAACUCACACUUCCUGUGACUCCACCAUUUACAUCAGGCACGUUUAUUUAACUGAAAAUAGAUCCAGUUGCAUGAUCCCUCAGGGACUGUCAAUACCAAACGCUUUUAAUUUGCUUUGAAAUAUGUAGAUCAGAGGAAAAUAAAGCAGCUGCUCUUAUUUAAAUAUGUAUCCCCAGCCUCUUAAUUUUGCAAAUUGAUCCUCAUUAAUGCCAUCCGCGCUAAGCUUCGAUUUGGCUUAUCUCGCUGAGAGCAUGCACAGGAUAAUGACGCCUUCUCUGCGAUUUUUGAGUUCACUGUGCCUGUGAAGUCUGACCGACUUUCCUAUCGCUUCAGAUUGUAGAUUAGCUUUGGUUAGUGUAAACAACAAAGGUCACAUGAAGUGCAUCUCUGCUCCUCUGCCAAAGUCACAUCUCUGGUUUACAAGAGUAGUCAAGAAUUCUUGACGAUGCAAAGUUUCACACAGUAGGUCUAUUUGCGAGAUAGAAGUUAGUGAUACUAAAAGAAACACUAAAUUCAAGAAUGCAUCAGAUUUCAUAUAGUUCUUCAUCAGAGACCCUCAAAGCAUUGGAGACAUCAUUCAUUCGCUCACACAGUCACACACUGGUGGUGGUAAACUACCGUAGUAGGGCAGACUGACGGAAAUGUGGCUGCCAGUUUGUGCCUACAGCCUCUCCGAAAAACCACCACACAACACUCACAAUCACACACCAGUGGAGGACACACACGGGGGGCAAGAUGGGUUAAGUGUCUUGCCCAAGGAAACAACAGACAGACUCAGGAUAGGGAGGAAUCAAACCGCCAACCCUCUGGUUAUUGGACAACUGCUCUACCUCCUGCCCAAAUUUUGAUGUACAUUGUGUAGAAAUCAUAAUAUUUAGUUUUGUAGAUGUCAAAUGCUGAAACAAAAAGGCUUCCUUGCUCAGUCAUUGGCAAGCAACAGUGGCAUUGUUGGACAAGAAGCUCCUUUGAGGCACAAUACAUACUAUCCUACAUUUUUUCAACCUUUAAAAUAACAUAUUCUUUUGCCCACAAAAACCACCCUCGUCUCCAUCUUUAUCUUUGAACUGAUACAUUUCACCUGGAAACUCAAUAAAUACAAAAACAUAUACGAUACCCACUCUUAUGAAGGUCUUUAAGGACAAAGACAUUAUGUCUUUACUGAUCUUGUCCAUAGAUUAUUGUUUUCUCAUAUUUGCUGGUAAAAAGUGCAAAUGGUUUCAAAUUCAAACAAAGGGAAAUAACCCAAAUGCAGAUUGAAAAAAAGAAAAGAUUUUCACAAACAAAAGUUAAAAAGCAAAUAAUGAAAAACUUUCUUCCUAGAAGCCCAACAAAUACCCCAAAACCAAGAAAACCAAAAACACUAGAAAACUGGAGCAACAUGAAGAGAAACACUGGAGCUCUGGGAAACAGGUGUACAGACACAGACAGUGACAUGGACAUAGUCCAUGAAGAACAUCCCCAAUGGAAGUUGUUAAUCUUGGUGCAUCCAGUCUUUUCUAGGUCAUAAAGCCAUUACUUAUAAUCUCAGUCUGUGUCACAACAAGCUAAAAACUCUCAAGGGUCUACGCAGAGAGCUAUAACUCUUUAACGUGACGGAAAUAACUGGUCAUGACAGGAAAAGUGUCAUCAGCUUAGACCCCACAAAAAUCCUUGAAGGACCCUGCUUUUUUUUUUUUUUAAUUUUAUUUUUUUACGAUGCAUGAAUUACAAGGUGAUUAAAAGUUCUUCACAUUAAAAGACUAAUACCAAGAACCAGGGCCCGACAGAUAUGGAUUUUUGGGGGCCGAUGUUGGUACCAAUUAUUAGGGGGGGAAAAAAAUCUGAUUACCGAUUAAUCGGCCAAUUUUUUUACAUGUUUUAUAAAGUAAUAAAAAAUAUAUAUACUGUAGAUAUCUACAGUAUAUUGUAGGCUACUGCUCUUCACGCUGUCAGGAAGACUGACUGAUUAAAGUCGGGCCAGAAAAGCAUUUUCAACAACGGGGAACAUCGUGAAGUGGGUUGAACUGAAUCUUGUUGACUUGUUGGGCUCUAUUUUCGUGCGCGCCGGUGAGGCGGCGGAGGGCGGCGAGCCCCACGCAGUUGUAUUUUCGUCUGGUGGAGCCCAGCGUAAGGCCAAUUUGGUAUUUUCUUGGACUGAGCCACACGGAGGCGAGCCGAGAUCCGCCAAGCUGGGCGUGGUGGCGUGGCAGGGGGAGGUGUCGACAGAAUCAGCAGGCGCAGUGACAUUUUCGUGCUCGCCAACGGCGUGUAAAGUGCGCUGAAAGCUCGCCGAUUCAAACCUGGUCAGCUUUCAGCGCAAGGCGGAACGCAGCUGGUCUAGUAGUAUUUUGGUAGACCAUACGUCACUGAUGCCUCACCGGCAGGUUUCCACAGUGUCAGGCAGAUUUCAGUGCAAUAAACAAUCAUCAUCAACUAUUAAUCUGAGUCAGCACAUACAUUUAGAUCUAUAUCGAUAUAUUCUGAUCUAUAUCUGAUCUGAUGAGCGCGUUUGGCACGCGUUUGGCACGCGUUUGGGCACACAAGCUGACCGAAUCAAUACAGCUGAAACUGCAUCAAAUUAAAUUAAAUAUCUAGUAAAUAAACACACAUGAUGAAGUUAACAAGAUAUGUAAUGUGUCUCCCUCCUUUUCUUUCUUCCUCUUAUUUCUCGCACAGCUCGACCUGGACAUGUCUCCAUGUCCUCUGUCCGUCUUGCUGCUGCUGCGGCUGAACAGAUGAUUUGUUUCAGUGAUCAGAUGCGUUAGCUACUUUAAGCCGACAUAUGGAUAUUAUAAUAUUCAGUUUUGUGAGCCAAAUUUAUUUUAUAUGCCAACAUCUAUGAAAGAAAGAGCCAGGACACGGAGCGAUGCGUCAUUUACGCACAGAUGGCUCUGAUUUUAAUGCCAUUUUUGGAGUUUAUGUUGUGAUCUGUGCGCUAAACCCACCUUUGUCACGUGAGGUUUGAAUAUGAGCAACUUUAUGUGAGUGUCUUUAUUUGUGGAAAAGGGUGUUUGUCUUACCACUGGGUCCAACAUUACACACACCAAAUCCAUCUGUGCUCAUAUGAGAGAGUGUGGAGGACACUUGUUGAGGAGCUGCCCUCUGUCGCCAUCUCGUGGCAUUACUGUCUUAAGACAUCUCUUGGUCUCUUUGACCUGUGUACUUCAUGAAAAUAGUAAUACGCCUCGCCUGUGGCGGAUUUAAAGGCAAGGAGAGGAGCUUAUGUGAUUGGUGAAAACAGGUCUCGGCUGUGUUAAAUCUACUACACGCCCUAUCUCCUCCCCGUCUAUGACUUAUGCUGCUGGUAGGAGCUGAGUUAGGGAGGGGGGAUACUUACGCCGGGCUGCGCGGCUCACCAAAAUACCAAAAUGUGCUUGGGAACGCCUUGUCAGGGCAGCGGAUCUGAUUGACGCUGCCCUUGCGGCACGUCUCCGGCGAGGCACGAAAAUAGAGCCCAUUGUGUAUUUCACAAACUGGUUUAUUUACCGUUGAGGCGGACCACUCUCCUCCGUGCGUCCCUGAGCUGCCUGCUUCAGAUCCGUCACUCUGCUGUGCUGUGAGGUAGCGGAUGAAGAUUGUCAUGAGGUCACUGCGCCAUCUACAGGAUAAGUCGGGAAACUUUUCAAAUGGCAGAACAUUUCCGAAGUGAAACCGAAUCGUAUUCUCCACAUUUUAUUUCUGAAAAUAUCUGCAACAAUCAGCGAGUUUUGGCUGAUUACCGAUUAGUCUCAAACGGGCUAAAAUUGGCCGAUUUAAUUUGCUCGCCGAUAAAUCGGUCGGGCCCUACCACGAACUCUUUGCACACGCCAGUGAAUGCGGAAGAUGUCCUGGCCAUAAACAGAUCCAUACAUUUUUGUAGCUGCUGUGUCCUUGUCACACUACCCUGGUGUGACAGGAAAAGGAACUGACUCUCAAGCCCAGGGUACAAAAGUGAUUAUGCCAUCUGACAAAAGCAGUCUGUUAAAUUCAUCCAGAGGGCAACAGCUGUGUAGUUUGAACAAAGUGACAGGCAAUGGGCUUUUCAAGUCAGAGCAGAGAUAAGACAUCCAAAGUGAAGCCGGAGUCCUUGUUUUUUUUUAUACAUGAUGUGUUUUGCACUAGACAAGAACUUGCUCUGACAGUCAACUCCGUGUCCUUUUGCCCUGCAGUAACUUCCAGUCGUCUGCCAUGUUUGAAGGCUCAGAGUCCGUGGAGGUGGAAGGAGGCAACACAGAGAGCACAGUGGCCUCGUCCAUUAGCGCCUGCAAAAAGGUAAAUAAAAAACAAUCACCUGGAGAGUACAUCUGUCCACCUGUGUGUCCCUCUGUGUGUUUGCUGAAUGACCUCUUGUCAGCCAUCUCUUCUUCAAAACUUUUUCUCUCAUCCACUGCACCUGUCCAUCAUAUCUGUCUCUCUCUGUUAUCUGUUUGUGUGAUUUCAGUAGUGCAGUGCAGUGAUUUUCAUUUCCUCCUCCAGGGGUGCCUGUGACACCAAGGAGUGGUUUAAUAAGAGAAAAAGCCAGGCCCUUGGGUCAGCCCAGUAGAUUUAUCAUCUCCCAGCACAUGAGAGACAGGCAGGGAAAUCGUACAGAUCAGUGGGCUGAGCUGGAACUUAGAUUGAAUUUCCUUUCAGAAAGUGUGUUGGUUUAUUUGUGCAUCUUGUAUGAUGUUUGUGUGUUUGUGUGAUUGGACACUGUGGUGUUUGCUUCCGAUUAGCCUACCACUCCUCUUCUUUACUGACUCCCUCUACCAUGUGUUAUAAGGCGAUGUCUUUGUUAUUUAUGGGCUCUGUGCUCUGCUGACCCGUGCCUACAACCUUUGCUUGGAUCAGCUGAGUCUACGUCACCUUUACCUGGCUGAAGGCCUUGCACAGAUGGCCUUUUCCUGGGGGGGCAGGCAUGAAGGUGGCAUGAUUUGUUGCUAAAAAUACACAGUGAGAACACAUACAAUAUCCGUCUGAUGUCACAGAAAUGGCAGAGGAAAAUAAUUUUAUAAAAGCAUGCUGUUUUGAUUAUUUAUCCGUCCUACUUUGGUCAUGAAAAACUGGAAACAUUUUUUUUGCCUCUUCACUAGGGUUGCAAAGGGGCGUAAAAUUUUCGGUAAAUUUCCAGAAAUUUUCCAUGGGAAGUUAAGCUGGGGAAUUUUGGAAAUAUUCCUAAUUGGAAACUUUCCAUGGGAAUUAUUGGGAAUUUAUGGUAAUUAACUGGAAAUUGGGGGUAAUUUGAACAAACUGUAUCAUAUCUAAACAUAAAUGUAAAUAAUUUUCCUUUAACAUUAGCUUGUGUGAAAUGCUUCCACACAUCAGAUGGCGAAUGUGGCAUUUAUCUGUAGAAUAAAAUAACAAAAAACUUGUAAAAACACUAAUGCAAUGGCAUGAACAGAAAUACAGUUGGCUAAACAACUGGGAUAGUCUUCAAAAUAUUUGACCAUUGAUGUAUAAAUUAUCAUAUGGUUACAGAAAACCAUUUUGCAGGAGUCAGAAGAAACAGCAUCACAUUUGAGGUAAAUACCACCACCAUAACAAGCUGGCUCCUUAAAUGGUCAAUGAAAUGAAAAAUAGCUUACAUUCAGCACCUAUCUGUAUUAAAUUUUUUGCAAGUUAAAUAUUAAUAUUAAUAUUAAUUAUUAAAGAUCAAAUAUAUUUAUUUAUAUAGUCUGUGAGCUCAAAUGUCUUGUGCUUUGGGCUCAAAAGUGUGGCCUCCAGGGUUCAAGACAUCAUCUGUGCAUGUGAUGGAGGAAUGCACAUGCAUUAAAUCUAGUUGUUUUAGCCAAAAUUAUGCUACAAUGUAUUUUCCCCAACUAUAUCUAAGUUCCCUGUUGAGGGCCAACCUUCAGUUUUGUUAAUUUCAGAUUUAUUCCUGUUAAUUCCCAUUUAUUCCCAUGGAAAGUUUUCAACUUUGAAAAUUUCCAGAAUUUGCAACCCUAUUUUUGACUAAAUCAAUAAAGUGUCAGUUUACGUAUGCUAUUAAGGCAAACUUUAGUGUUGUUAUAGCUGCAAUAAAAAUCUUUAGUUCUUUUUUCAUCCACAUAAUUUGACAGUCAUUUAAAUAGCAAAGUCAAUAGUUAAUGAUAAUUUAGUUUAUCAGCUAGUUGGUCAUAGACAGGUUGGUAACUGUCCUUAAAACGUCCUUCCAGGGGGAGACAAUGACUGUCAUAUGUAGAGUGUGCAGCGUCUCCUCAGCUGACAGAUUAUUGAUCCUGUGUUGUCGACACUUAUCCUGCAAUAAAGGUUCUGGAGAAAGGUCAAUUUAUCCCAGCGACCAAAGGGGUAACCACAGAGGCAGGAGGGAUGAAAGUGAAUGUGUGACUCAGUCGGUGGGAGGUGGUGUGUGUAGUCUUGUGUCUCUGUGUUGUGUGAUUUUGAUGCUGCUGUACCUGAGCGGGUUUAUCUGUGUGCUGCAGGUGCUGUGCAGCAAUAGUGUGCUGGACUCGUCCGAGUACUGGCUGAGGAACGAAAAAGCUCUGUGCAGGCUUGGUCUGCUGGACGAUGAUGCAGAGGGCAGCUGUACAAUGGUGAGUAGCCCACUGUGAGAAACGAAACACUGCAAGGACAGAGAGGCUUCUGUAGAAAACAGUUUUGUGGCCUGAAAUAACAGAGAGUUAACCGUUUGAAUUUUGAGGCAGAAAUAAGCUCAACAUCACUUUCUUCAGUCUGCUCCCACUGUGGUGCUUGUGGGCAUGGAGACGAUGGAAAAAGUGUUUUCGCAGCACGUCUGGGUGCUCACUUAAAGCGUUGUUGUAAGCAAUUUUUGUUCUAAAGGUUUGAUGUUUUUUUUCAUCUGGUGUAGUCAUGCAGUUAUAUAGACUGUAUAUUGAUAGUAAUACAAAGAACUUGAUUAUUAAAACACCUUUUAAAGUGAGAGUUUAGCAUAUUUAGAACUCAGCGGCACAAGAGCCUGAACAACAUUUUAACCCAAACACUCAGAAUCCAAACACGAAAGUUUUAUUUCAUGCCGAGAUUCUCUUAAAUCUAAAAAGAAAGUUACAUUUACCUUCGUCCUUUUUUUUUUGAGGAAAGUUACAGUCCUGUCGCAGAAACAGAACAACAAAAGUUUACCUUUAUGUUCCAUGUUUGUGGGUUUAAUUGAAGGGAAAUUAAGAUUCAUAGAUUCAAUAGCGAAAAACAAAUCUGUGCUGCUUUUUAUGCCCUAGAUUAUAUUUUGUUUUACUCGCGAAAAGAGAGACAUAAAACUCCAAUGUGCAUGUAUGUGUCUGUAAAUGAAGUGUAAUUUCUUAUACCACUUUGGUGCCUUAAUUUAUCUAACAGAUUUUCUUUAUGGAGAUGAAUUAAUGAAUUUUAUUCUGUUACGAGGAUUUUAAAAGCUCCAUUAACUUUCGUAGGGAAAUGUGUCAGAGGACAUUAGUUUUAUGUUGAUUUUAUCACCUCAUUAACUUACUAGAGAACAAAAAAAAAAGAACUCAAAGUGUGCUCAUCACCUCUGAAAUGCAAACCAUUACUUCAGCUCUAUAUGAUUAAAAGGAAAACAUUUGCUUGACUUUUAUGCAUGCUAUACACUGGUGAUCCACUGAAAGUAAAGAGCCAUUUACACAUGCUGUAUGGAUUCACUUUUGUAGAUUCCCAAGAAGCAGAUAUCUUCCCAUUGAGCAUUUUUGAUCUAAAAGUGGGCUAAUAGACGUCUAAAUGUAGUGACUGGUCUAAAAUCAGGCUACCUCAGGUCUGAAAAUGAAAGUUUUUUUAGGCGUCUAAAUUUAGACUAAGUUUAAGAUCAAGUCUAAAUCUGGGCUAUAUCUAUACUACACUGUAUAUUGCUUAAUGGCUGUCAUAAUUAUUUUGAUUAAGUACUUGGAGAUCAGUUAUGCAACUCACAGUUGCUUUUUGAAAUAAAUAGUUAUCAAAUAAUGGGUUAAAGUGCAACGUCUUGAUUCAGUCUAAAAAUAUACAGAAUCUAGACGAUUGAAAUUAGGUCUAAAAAAAAAAACUACAUGUCUAAUAGCCGUCUAUUGCUCAGUGGGUACUUAUUAUGACAGUAUAACAAUUUAGUUUUACAAAAUGAGGCAAACUUUCACUCAGAUUUUGUGUCUAACAGUGUAACAGCUGUGUUUAAUGUGUUUAUUAGUGAUUUUUAGAACAGAAGGAUCAGAGACACUGUUUUUUUACCCUUGUCUCCGUACGCCACGGUACAGUACAAGGCCAGUUUAAGGAUACUAGACUCAGAAUACUGUCAUUUUUAUCACCUCACAAAACUGCUUCACUUAAACCCUGCACAGAAUAAAUACUCAAGACCGUGAUGGUCACCAAGCUUUCCAUCAUGGGCAUCCUCAAACACAUGCAGAAACAUGCACACUGACCAAUCAGCCCACAGAUAUUAAGACAAACUAAAGAAAAUCCAUUGCAUUCGCAUUACAUAAAACAACCAUUAAGUGCAGCAGCAAAUUCAACUAAGUGAAGAUCAAAAGCCUGCCUUUCUUUGAUGUAAAGCCCAUCAGUUAAUGCUCGAUCCCUAUUAUACUGACUGAAAUCUUAAAAAAUUAAUGAGGUUACCUCAGCUGUACUAUAUCCGCAAAUGUAUGCAUGCGACAAUUUGGUAAACUGGCUUUCAUUCCUCCUGUACAGAGGAGUUGUUUUAGAGACAAUGAAGAAGAAGUGGAGCAAAAGGCAGAAAUUCAUUGUGCAAAUACCAAUACGCCCACAGGCACACCUGACUCUUGAGGACGAGAGCAGACACAGUGAUUGGUCUGAUUUAUGUAACGCCCAAAAUACAUCCAUCAACCUAUCAAUAAUUGAGAGACUUAAUCCUACCUCUUUACAACUUGCACCUUACUCAGCAUCUGGAUUCUGUACUGCUUAUACCAAAAAGAAGCUGGACAUGAGCUAAUUCACUUCAGACAGUGUGUUUUAGAUCAUUUAGAUAGGGCUGAAGGCUUUUAACUAAAGAGGAUGCACAUGCUUAAUCCUCUCUGUCUGACAGGUCACCUUUGAUCACUCCUCCAGCUGAAAUUGCAAAUUAAGCAUGAAUAGCAUUUGGGAUUAACAUGUGUCAGUAGUUCUGAAAUGAUGUCGGGAAGGAAAAGAGCUGUUACAUUCUUUAAGUGUAUCAAUUGAGUUUUAACCACAGGGGUUGAUUUCUUUCAGCAGAUUUAAAAUUGCUCUAAAAUCUGCUGCAAAGAUAUCUUUAUCUACCGUAGAUUCAAACAGCACUUUCUCUGAGCCAUGAGCCAAACAUGACCUCAUAACACAGAGGUCUACCUGUCGUUUCAAGGACAGGGAGGUCAGUCACACAGAUUAGUCUCUUCUUUAAGUGGAUCUUACCAGGGAAAGGUAAGUCGUGAUAAUCUGUUUCUCUAUCAACUUAAGCCAUGUUAGUGAUGUUACUACGAGUCGUGUUGGCCUUGUGGCUCUUGGAGGGCUGAAGUCACAAUUUCACAUCACAAACAAAACAAAACAAAAUGAGGGAAAUGAAACAAAUAACCACCACGGGGUAGAAGACACAGGAGUCUUAUAAUUGCUUUGUUGUUGGGUGCCAGUAUUGAGGGAAUAACCCAGGAUUUCCACCGCAUCCGGAAUGGCUCAGAUCUGGAAUGGCUGCGUUUUUCGCCGUCCACCAAUUCCUACCGGAUCUGUUUGUGAGGCGAAUUUCGUGGCGGAUUACGGACAGCAAGAAUUGCAAGAACUCACAAGAACCCACAGAUUCACGUGCAGUCGCGUAAAAACAAGUUGUUUUUAGCCACAUAAGCUAACCAUAUAAACAGUAGAUUGUGUCCUUCCGGAGAAGGAAAUCCUAGACUUCUAAAAUCAGAAUCCCCUCAUCCAUGGUGUCAUUGGGCUGAAAUGCUAAUAUGCACCAUCCGCGCUGUCAGAGUAGUAGGAGCGUCUAAUCACGUCUUCAUAUUGACUUAACAUGUAGUUCAUUCACGCGAAUGAUUUAACUUGCGUUUGGUUUGUGGAGACAGUUAGAUUUUUAGGAUUGUUUUAAUACACAGUUGAUGUGUCUCAUGGAGCACAUUAACACUAUGUAAUAAUCCAAGGAUGCGUUUUGAGCCACAUUCGAAAGGUGUAGAAAAAAAAUUCAACAGUUUGUGCUUACAAAAUAGAUUUUAAAAUAAAUAAAUAAAUACAUUUUUAUUACUGGUUUUGGCUGGCCUAUCUUAAAUGCAACACCACUAAGUAAUCUGAAUAUUUUUUCCCCCGUUUCUCUUCCUGUAACAUGCCCCGCGUGUUCGGUAAUCAUUGCCAAGGUAACAGGAAUAGCGGUAAUUAAGUAAGGAGCAGCAUUCUCACACAGUCAUGUCACACUUUGCAAGUGAGAGCAGACGCGUGCAGAAUUAAAUGUUCCCAAAACCCCCAGACACCAGCUGUGUUCUGUAGGACAAAAUGCACAUGGGAUUGAAACUCAUUUGUAGCUGGUAAAUCAGAGAUAUUUAAGUAUUUCUUUAAAAUAUCUUCUGGCAUAUCAUGGACUCUGCAGGUCAAAUGGCCUGUUAAUUCAGCUCGAUGUGACCUGAUGAUAUAAUUUUAGGUUUCUGCAUUUGGCAUUAUUUAGAUUCACAUUAUCAACGUAAAUUCUAUUCGUGACAGAGCCGCCAAAAGGAGCUGUUCCUUUCUUGUCUCUGAACAACAAGACCCCCUUUUUUCCUCAAGCUCCUACCUGAAUCUGGGGUUUUGCAAACAGUUUUAUCUUCAUUGUGCUCUUGUGAAUAGAAAAACAGAGCAACUUCAUCUUUUCUGUUCUGUUUACAUUUGACAGUGGCUGUUUGUUUUCUUCACUUUGUGUCUGCUUUCCAUGAAUCAGAGAGGACUUAAAUGUGAGUGCAAACAGAUGCAUCCCAUCCCCUCACAGCAACGUUCUUCGUUCUUCCAAUAAGACUGAUUGCUCAUCUGACUCUCAGUUCUCCACUUGGCUCUUCCACGGCUUUCUGUGACCAAUCAAUCGAACGGUAGCUUUAGAUCAAUGAUGCUUCGGUUAGAAAUAGUCUUUUGUCCUGACUUGAACUGUACAAGAGGGUAGGAAGAAGACAGUGUUGGGAAAGUGGAAAUAAUUAAGAGAAAAGAGGCUUACAGACAACUAAUGCUGAUCUGAACACAGUGAGAAGUUCCUGGAAGAUUUCCAAGAAACGUUAAAAAGAAAAAGUCAAACUUAAAGGGAUAUUCCGGCUUAAAAUUAAGUUAGGAUCAAACACACCGUAACACCGAGUAAGACAACCCGUCAAGAGAUGAAUGUUGCAGACUGCUUGCUUCUCUAGUUAUACCAACUUUAGUAACAAUCCGCAGAUAGCAAAACAGAGAGCCACGCACUCUACCAAAAAGCCACUCUAUAGCCACAAAUAAUGCUCAGAACAGCACCUAACUUCAUCAACAGUACAUAUAGGGUCCUAGCCAUCAAAUAUCUUUUUAACUUUGCCUGAUUUGUUUAGCAAAGAGACUAAACACAACUCACCUACUCUCUUCCAGAUGCCGCUUGUUUAUACGGAGACCUCCAGGCGAGUCCAUCGACUGCUGCAGGUUAACACAACUCAAGGAAGAACAUUUAUGAUCAUUACUUUAUCAUUUCCUUAAAGUAAUAAUCACCAUAUUAAUCAUUUUGCACUGCAGACGCGGUAGUUCUCCUGCCUUAGUGUCUUUGUCUGACUGCAUUUCCAUGAAGAAAUGAUCAUAAAUGUUCUUCCUUGAGCUGCGUCACCCCACUGCAGUCUGUAAUGGACUCGUCCGAGGUCUCGCUACAAACAAGCGGCUUCUGGAAGAGAGAUGGUGAGUUGUGUUUAGUCUCUUUGCUAAAGAAAUCAGGCAAAGCUAAAAAGAUGUUUGGUGGCUAGUGCUAUGGCUAGGACCCUAUAUGAACUGUUGAUGAAGUUAGGUGCUGUUCUGAGCAUUAUUUGUAGCUAUAGAGUGGCGUUUUGGUUGAGCGCAUGUCUCUGUGUAUUGCUAUCUGCGCUCGUUACAAAAGUUGAUAUAACUAGAGAAGCAAGCGGUCGGCAACAUUCAUCUCUCGAUGGGGUGUCUAACUCAGUGUUACGAUGUGUUUGACCUUAAAUUAAUUUUACGCCAGAAUAUCCCUUUAAAGACACCACUUGACUUAGAUCCAAUACAACUAAAAAAAGAAAAAAAGUGCCAAACAGUAUAUGCUGAUUUCACUUAAAGUGAACUGUUAGUAGACUUGUUUAGGGUAAGCCUCAAUAUUCAGAUUUCUGUCUUUUAUGUUCAGUUUUUUAAAGAAAUGUUAAAUUGAGAGUUGAAAAAGUCAGAGCUGUUGACAAGUGGUCUGAAAUUUUGGGCACGAAAAACUUUGGACAAAAUUUGUGAGCUACAUAAAAGACUAAGCUUUGGAUGGAGUCUGGCACUAUUGAGCACCUCUGGCUGCAUCAUAAUGUCACCUUUGAUCGCUCACUCACUGAAGCUGCACUAAAAGUCAUGUUGCUGUGAUAGUCACACUCAUUCCAUCACAUCCCUCAGAGAUCUGACAGUGUGAAUGUGUUGAAGAAGAAGGAACAAGUUUUGCACAAGUGGUUAUUUUGCAUCUGAUCUACACGAUGCAUUUCCUUUUCUUCUCCAAGCAUAUGCUUUGACAUUUGACAUGACGAAAAAAAGUUUCUUGAUAAAAAAGUUGUCGGGAAUGAGAAAGAGCAAAAGCCACAGCUUUGAGUUAAACUUUAGGAAGUUGCUGAAAUUUCAAAUGCUGAAACCCACAGUUCAUUCUGCUUUAAACCAGCAGACCCUGGAGGAGAGUGAGCCAUUCAUCACUGGAUUCAAAAACUUCACACUGUGGGAGUGUGUCGUGUCCUGAGCUAUCCCCCUUUUUACAGCCGGAGAGAGCAGAGUAAAAAUGCAGUCAGUUGUAGAAAGAGCUGUGAUGUACAGCAGAGGACAGACCCGCUUUAUAUAAAAAAUGUUAACAUUCUGCUUUUUGCCUGUCAUUUAAGACCGCCCCUUUAAAAUGCUGAGAAACUGUAGUUGGCUGUUUGGUAAUGACUGUUGACGUUUUUACUAAAAACCAGCGAUAGCCCAGACUGAGCUUAAUUCAUCUUUUUCAAGAUCUGCCACAAAAGUUUACUGCUCACCCUAUCAACUAUGUGGUAUGUUUUAAAUUCAUGUAUUUUUUUUGGUUGCAUAAACUGUCUGAUUAUACAAGAUGGGCCUUAUUUCUUGUUUUAUUUUGAAGAGGUAAGACUGAAGGAAGCUUGUUACAAACAAAGGAACCAAAAUAUCCUGCUGCUCCUCAAACUACCAUGUACAACAGCUCCCUGCCCAGCGCAGAGGGUUCGAAGUAUUACCUUUGGCCAAAAACAUGUUCAGAUAAUAACAUAGCAGUAAUAAACAUGUGCAUGUUGCAUUGGUAGCCACAUCUAUUCAUUUCAAUCUAUAAGAUCUUAUAUUUGGUCUGUAAAAUCUUACAAAAAAAAGUUAUAUCUGAACUUGGCAUAGUGAUACGGCUUAUAUGAAGUGUUAUGAAACAUUUUUUUCAGUAUUUAGUUAAACUUGUCAAAUCUUAUUUUUUUAGCUCAUACUUGGAUAUGGUGUUGAUAAAAUCAUACGAUAUGGAGAAGACAUGCAUUAGUAUGUAGGAAGGGACAUGUGAAUGGUUACAGCAUCCAGGUGCAACAAACAUGUUUACCAAACAGGCUUAUAACCAAUGAAAUCCCCACUUAUGAGCUGCCAGAUACUGUCCCUAAAAGCCCUUGGCCGUAAGACUGCUGCCUGCUUUUACGCAUGGCAGGUUAGCCAAUGUUAUGUUUGCCAAAAUUAUAGAUUUGGCAGCUCUAGUUAAUCUUCCGUAAAGAUGCCAUGGAAACAUGAACACUGUUACUGACCACAUGCACUGAAUAACCAGUGUACAGCUAACAGAGAUGGAGGAUCAGUCUUUCUGUAUUUCUACUUUGGUUUGUGUUGUUCGACGUCUGUAAACUCUGAUGGUGAUGGCUGUAUUUUUUUGAGUUUAGUUCUUAAAGUUGUGAUUUUUCAGAUGUUGGGGUUUCACAGGCACAUUACCCUCCCCUGAACCCUGACCCCCACAUGUGUACAUAAUGUGGUGGCUCAUCAGAGUCAAUUUAGUGUGAGGUUUCUUGUUUAACAGCACAUCAUAUUUCAUAUGCAGAUUCUUCUGAAGAUUCAAACAAGAAAAUGUUCAGAUGAUAACACUUGGCAUUAAAACCACAGUGAUAAAAACACAUCUCAGCACUUCACCAAGUGUGAAAACAACACAUUACGAUUUAUGAAUUUCAAAGCGGCAGAAGCUGCUGUUUGUGAUUUUCUUCAUGGUUGGUGUGAGAGUCUUUUUUUCUCUUGCUCUCACUGAAAACAGGUUUGUGUUUGACUUAAUUGUCUUGGAUUAAUUAAAUCGCCUUUGGUAAAUAUAUGUCAUUUCAACUAACGUGAAAAUUAACACAUUCCAAAAGAAGACCCUCUAUAAGUGAUUCCAGUUUUAAACGUUUUCCAUCAAAUAUUCAUAUUAUCAUCUUCUGAGAAAAAUCAGGACACUCAUCUUCUUAAUGUUGUUGCCUGGGGCACGAAACUCAGCAACUCUCAGUCAAGCCCUGAUUAUAUCUAUGUGAGUGCAAGUGCAUGUGUGUGUGUGUUUGAACUUUGAUAAAGCAACUUAUAGGACUGCAUUCAUUCUGUUUCUACCAACAGUAAAAAAUGCAAAACUUGUAUUUUAUAAAAAAUGUGAGGCAUGUGGACUUAUAAUCGACUAAAAUACAGGGCAUGACAUAGGGAUGGGCGAUAUGGCCUCAAAUCAAUAUCACGAUAUAUUGAGUAGUUCACCUUGAUAACAAUAAAUGGACGAUAACUACUCCACAAGCUGCUCACAUUAACUUCGUCUACUUCAGCCGCUGCUCCAGCCGCUACAACUUUUGCACCAUCCUCCUUCUCCUCACCUGUCUUUCACUCUUUGUUAUGGACUAGAUGGGGUGGAGUCACGUUCCUGACGCAGGACAGCGUCUUAAAGGGAAAUGAGACCAUAGCCUACCUACACACAUCCAAAACCAACUUUUAUUAUAAUUUUUUUUUUACACGAAUAUAUUGACAUGGGCAAAAUGACGUCGGUUAUUGUCAUAGUUCAGUAAAUUUUCGGUUUAUUACCCAGCCCUAGCAUGAUAUGAUUUUCUCCUAUCCCCCUUUUCCUCACUUACAUCUCCGAUAAUGUUUUGCUAUUUUUUCAUUUUUUCUAGCAUGUGUAUGAACAUAAACCAAAGUUGUGCCUGCCUGGUGUCCACACCAGCACUGUGUAGCUUUUGAACUUGUUAAAAACCAUUAAAUGGUAAAGUCAUACAGACUUCACAUGUAUCCCUCAAACUGCACUUUAAUGAAAUGAAACUUUAAAGGGAUUGUAAACAUUAUUGAGCAGGUCACUUCUUUGAAGCAGGUCAAAAACUGUGGAAUCAAUGACUAAGUGGCGGCAUGUGUCAAAUUUUACACAAGGGGUUAAAAGGAUUUUCAUUUGACUUCAAUUUUUUUUUCCAAAUCUUUGAGAGGCCAUAUUUUAUUGUUUCAUUUAUUUAAAAAAAACAGUAGAAACAUGAUAUUUCUUGAAGAAAACAUGAAAAGAGCAAAAAAGCUCCACAGUUAAAAAAAAUGAAGAGAGACAGAAGGAUGAAGAGCAGCAGCUGUGUGUGGGAGGAUCAGAGGAGUGGGCAGAGAUGGGGUGCUGCUGAGGAGGGAGGAUGCUUUGAUGGACAAAGGAAGAAAAUGUUUGUAAUGGUUUGCUGUAUUGACCACCUCUCUGCACACGCUCUAUUAGCAGGUGUGUGUGCGUGUGCAGCACUAUUUUAGCGGAAAGAAAGAAAUCUGCUUGCCUGAUAGUUCUGAAUGUCUCAGACUAAAUGGGAUUUUAUGGUUAAAUAAGUUGGGGCAGUCAAACUCUUGUUUAUGCAUUGUUGCAGUCUUGCACAAUAAGCAAACAUAAAGCAAACAUCCAGUGAGUGGUUGUGGCUGAUGAGUCUGUGGAUCGACCCUCUCAGGUGGGGGCACUGACAGGAAGAAUAUCGCAUUGGGUCUCAUUAUUUGACUCCCUAAUGUUUUAACACUAGCUGACUUUACAUGGGCACAAGUAAUCAGAACAAAUGCUCGAUCUGAAUAAAAAUGCAUCAUGUAAAACUUGUCGAUCAGAAGAUUCUGAUCCAAUUUGGCUCAAUCAGAAAGAAAUUGUAUUCCAAUCGAGAGGGGUGGUUUAUGACGAUCGUUAUUCCGAAACACGUCCAUGUAAACACUUAUUCCGACCGUAACUUUCUUACCUGACUCGAUCUUCACUCUUUGGCCUUUGGCUUAUUUAUUGAGGCCAGUACAGGAGGUUUCAUUAUUAACACUCUGGCAUAAAACACAACCGCAGGUGCCGUCGUGUCUGCUCUUCCGGUAACAUAACAAAACAUACAUACAGCGUAAUGACGUCACAUCUGCACGCACAGUGCAACCUUUGACAGAACAGGGGGAAAACUCCUGAAUUGGAUGAAGUCAGCCACUACCGCGUUUGUUGGUUUGUUGACAGUACAGGCAUGAAUAAAAUUCUUCUUCUGCGAUUGUUUUAGCGAAAUCAGACAACUCUGUGCAUGUACAAAUGCUUCUAAUCUGAAUAAAACUUGGUGCAUGUAAACGCACGUCAUGGUUGGGUUAUUUGAUUUUGCACCCAUACAAACAGUGGAGUCAGAUUAUCCGAUCCCUUAAAUUUUUAUUUCGAUCAAGAAAUUUAUGUAAACGUGGCUACUGAUCCUGUCAGCCAUGGGCCCUGAAAGUGUCGUAACUUUUUUCCUCUGUCCCUUAGCAGAUGAACACAAAAGGGAAUCAUGAAAUACAAUGAUUAUAUGGUUAAAAACACAUCCAGCUCUAAAGGAAAUCAAAAGUCAGUAUUGUUGUUGUUGUUGUUGUGUGGUUUACUGUUGUAAAGCUGGUGUAUGGCUAGAAAAAGAAACUACGUUGACCUUGCGUUGGAAUUGUUAAGCCAUCCUACUCAUAUUUCCGAAGGUCAGUAAGCAGAAGCUUCUCUUCAAGGUCAAACCAAAUCAGAAUAACAUGAGGAGGACAAAGGUGCUGCACUGGACCUCUUUAUUUUAUGGUAAAAGGAACAAAAAGUGCUUAGGUACGGAGUUAAGUCCAGAUACACUUCAUGCCUGCAGACACAAAGAUGCAGUCAUUGACAUUUUCCUGAAGGUGGAACUAAAUCACGCUCUAUUUCAUCACAGCUCCCCUCCCCUGCCUCCUUAUUUUCUUGCUGUAAAAGCUUAUUACCAUCCAGUCCAUCUGCACAGGUGGUCAGAAUCACAUCGAGCUUCACUUUGGUUAGCCGGGCCAAAGCACCCAGCUGUAGAUUUAGCACCUAUGAAGCGAGAAGAUGCGUUGAGACACCCAGACUUGUGCUGCAGCCAGGAUCCUGACGCAACCCAGAUAUGCCAUCCUACAAAGAAUAAAAACAGCUGUUUAUUCAGACAGUUCAGAAUGAUGGACGUAUGCUAAUGUAAUAUUCUACUAUAGGCUAUUUUUAAAGUAAAAGUGUGAUAUUAUACUGCUGCAUUAAAUCACAGUGAGAUGUUAUUGGUUUUUAUUGUGUCAGUGCCUCACUGGAUCACAUCAUUGGGUUCCUGAGAGGAACGUUAGCUUAGUUUCAGUUUUGCGGGUGUUUUCCUUGCUGGGAAAUCUUCUCUUGGUUGAACAUGACCUUGAAGUAGUGUUUUUAUUAAAUAAAAACUCUCAUCCUGCUUUCUGUUGGCAGUCAAAUGUGUCACUCACCAUCAGCAUGGAAAAAAAAUAAGAAAAUAAAGUCUGUUGAUGUGCUGAUGUGUUGAUAUUCAAUCAAUCUCACACAUUAGCAAAGCCAGUGCAGUUACAGGCAUUCAAAAUGAAGUGGUGGAAAAAGUCAAUCUGAUAAAACAAAAACAAAAAAAACGGAAAAGAAGCAUCAAUGUAAAAUUGACGACUCUUGGCGUAUGAUUAAACAUAUUUAUCCUCAUCAGUCAGCACCACAAUUACUGUUCAGUGAACCAAAUUAUGAUUAUUUUCACUAUUCUAGGCCAGUCUCGGGCCGGAGCUCCUUUAGUUUAUGGUGUUUGUUUAAUAAAAACAAGUACAUAUGGCUGAUGACGUGUUGCAGCAUGGUUUGGCAGCACUUGCUAUGUCCAGUUAAACUGGCAUGUUGAUCAGAGCAGUGUGUAACCAGCACAUGUACAUGGAUACAAACCUGCAUUGAGGGCCAAUGGUUGGAGGUGCUAGCUCUGCCAGUGUUAAUGUUUGUCUGCAGUAUUGCAUGAUUCUGAGUUUGGCCUUGAUAAUGAGUUGUGCUUAAUUUUGACAAUUUUAAUCUUUUCUUUCCUUGAACUUGUAUGAUAGUUUGAUUUAAAUUUAAGUUUACACAACGAAGAAAUUGAUCACUUAAGAAAAAUUCAAAGUUCAGGCUAGGGUUUGGGUUCGAUGCUGACGUAUCCAGAUGUCUUAACAGUCUGGAUUUUCUAUCGCUCUGAUCAAGAGCACUUCUCAAGUUUAGGACUCUAUCGAUGCAUCCUCACUUAAAAGCAAAUAUAACUCAGCCUCUGUGUAUCUGUACUUCUCCUCUCUGUAUUCCUCAGUUGCUGUAUACAUGGUCAGUCCUUCAGAGAGAGUAUGACGUAAGCGUGUGUGGUCUGGUAUGUCUGUGAAAAACUGAUGGAAUCAGAGCAUGUCCCUGGGCUCGUAUCACACAAUGACACAGCGAUAUGACUCAAUGCUUCUCUGCAUCCCAAAUUUAGAACAAAUGCCUCAAGGCUUUUGCCGUCUGAUGGGGUUAAACUGCUUGAACCCUUCUCAAAGUCAAAAUUAUGGAUCACUUGCCUCGCGUUUUCUCAAAUGUGCUCUAUCUGUAGGCGAUGUGUUAUCAGGCAGGGGGUGGUACUGUCGCUGAUUCUCUGGGAUGAUUUCCAAUAUUAGUAAAAGUUGAAUUCUUAGCGAGGGCAGAAAAUCUUUUAUCGACAUGAUGUGAAAUAGAUAGGAAAUUUAAUAUUUGUAUAACAUUAAAUUAGAACAGAUACCCAGCUAUAAUUUUUUUGGAAAUAAAAGUCAAAUAAUUAACUCAUAUUAACUCACACUUUUACACUCAGUGGAAUUUCCAAAACAAAUUUUAAAGGUCAGCUUCUUUGUAUCAAACAGGAGCUUGUUGAGUGGCACAGUCAUGCUGUUGUCUUUCUUUUCACCAAAUGGCACAGAAUAAACUCAUCUUUCUGUGUGUAUGUGGUUGACAUUUUACCGCUUUUCUGACAAAUAGGCGCUCAUCACCUUCACUUCAUUAUCAUGAACAACAGAGGGAGGCUUAUGAGCGAGCUGGGUGUAAAUAGUUGUUAUUUUGAGGGAAAGGUAACAAAAGCCCAUUUUUAUUGUAUCCAGUUACACGUGUGGUUACUGAACUCUCUCUUUCUCACACACACACACGCACAAGCGUGCGCAGACUCGGUUUAACCAGAAUGAGCACGGAAAUCCUUUUAAAUAUUCUGUCAUCAGCUGUUACCGGUGUCAGGGUUUCUUAUUUUUAUACCUGGCUGACUCCAAUUUCAGGUGGUAAUUUUCUUCACAUUUCGAUGUAAUAGUUUGGAAAAUAUGUUUGAUGAGAGGAUACCAGACUGGAUAUGAGGAGGGAAAUUGACCUGUUGUAAAUGUGCUGCAUUAUUGCUUCAGCUGAAAGACAUUUCAGCUCAUUGACUGUUUACGAAGUGGAAGGAAACUAUGAAAAGUGGAAUAAAAUUAUUGACGUAUUUUAAAAUAGAAAUAGACUUAUCAUUGCAUUGGUCUAUUUAUUUCUAAAGGACUCAACCAGAGAACAUGACAUGACUGUAAAAAAUGAAAAAAAGUACAUAAAUAGAUCUUGUUGUUGGCUUCUUCCCACAAAACUAAUGACUGGCUUGUGUCAACAUGUGAUUAUUUGAAAUGAUACGUCUAUAUCUUCGGUGGGUCUAAGGAGGAGAGGGAGAUAGCAACAGGAAGAGUGUGUGAAGGUAAAAAAAAGAAGCCAGCAGGAUCCCACCUGUGCGUGUUUUGAAUUGCAAAAAUCGCGACUACCUCAGUGACUCACGUUACAAGGAGUUUAGUUAGUGAUGACAAGUCUGGCAGGAUUUUAGUGUUUGUAUAAAAAUAUAUGCUUUGUGGCUGAGAUGGAAAUACAUCAUUUCUCCCAAAGCAGGUCUUAGUGCUCCUCAGUCAGAAAAUGGGUGUUUAGGAGGGGACUGUAAAACCCCAAUCCUCUAAAUGCUCCUUGUGUUGUAUUUGUUUAGCCACACAGGACUAAUUCAGCCUCACCACCUCAGAUCCGAGGCGGUGUGCUGUCAAAUCAAACAGCAGCCAACGGACUGUCCCAGACUCCCUGCACUGACAUGUAGACUCCAUCACAGUCCAUUAAACCUGCAGCCAGUGGCGAAUGUGGGUGGGAUGGGAAGAAGAAGAGGCAGAGAGUGUGAGAGAGGCUGAGAGAAGAAACAGCAACAGAGGAAGAGGAAAGGAAAAAAAUAAAUAAAAAAAUGAAUGGCAGGGAUGGAUAGAAAGUCAUUGUUGAUUUACACCCACUGCCAGCACACCCCAGAAGACAAGGAAGUCAUAGUGAGACACUGUCUUACAGUGGUUCUUCACACAAAGCAGACAGCUGAUGUAGUUGUGAAUGGUGAGUCAGUAAGAGGGGUGCUACACUUCUGUCAAAGUGACAAAGAAAGGGAAAAGGCAGUGCAGCAUUUGCGCUUUUGCAGCACAUUUACCUUCUGGGACACUUUUUCUCCACUCCUGCUCAGCCAAUAUGAUAAUAUCUCAAAAUACAUUUUUCCAAAACUAAUUUUUCAUCUUUCUUUCUUGUCUUCUCCAGAUCUGUUUUGUCAACCUUGACCCUCAGAAAACAGACCACCGAGAUGAAAGAAGCAUGAAGGUAUUUAUACCCCUUCGUCACCCUCAUUCUUUUCUAACUUUGUCAGCUCUGUCUCUAUUACACCCACUCUUCUCCAAGGAACACUCUUCAUUGUUAUGCAUGUAUACACAUCAGCUCAGCUUUCAUGGAUUCAAAUCAUUAACCAAAAUUAGAGGGGUGAUUUUGUUUGGAUAAAGAGUGGAUGUAGCUGUCAGCGGUAGCAGUGAUUCACAGUUAAAAAGAAGUCGGUGUGGCUCAAGCUUUCUCUCAGGAAGGAUUUUCAUAAUUAUGUGUCUCUGAAUUGGAACAACAGAGAACACAUGUUCAGUUUUGAGGUUGCCCGAAAAAAAGAAGCUUUUUUUUAUCAUUAUGCAUUGUGUCUCUGUGCUUGGCAUGUCUCCUGCAGAAAUUGGCAUCAGUGUCUCCAGACCUGCCAAAGCUUGUUGAAUUACUGACUGUUCACCAGCCGAAAGAAAAUGAGAUCCUACUGCUUGGUGGCCUAGAUGCCUCAGACUCUUGCCAAACGCACCCACACUCCCCCCCUCAGGUGAGUUUGCAGUGUUGUCCUCAAAACCUUGUUAGGCUUUUCAGCCUUUGAAUUAACAGGCCUGGAGAGUGAGGCAGUCCGCGCAAGCUGCUCAUUUAUAUCACUAUUGUGUUUUAUUGGAUUUGAAGUGUUUGUGCCAGGAAAAAUCCACAGAGGAUGCAUAUAUUUUAUCCAGCAGGGUCUCUCUCCUGCUCGCUCCAUGCUAAGAUUUUCACGUCUUCGUGGAAAAAUAAUUAUAUCCUACAAAUCAUCUUCAAUAUUUGAGAAGGAAAUGAAAAUCAUAGUAACUGAGAUAAUGGUUACUUAUUUACACAUGAAAUUUUAAACUGGCAUACAAAUAAAAAAACACAAAUCACAGCUGCAAUCAAGUAGUUCACUGUGUAAUUAUACUUAAGAGGACCACUUUAAGAGGAGGCAGUAAGCAGGGUAUUUGAAGCGUAAUGCACUUGCCCUCAUAGUCAGCAGAUAAACCCUUUUCAUCACCAAUUAUCUGUGCGGUGCUGUCUUGUGUCUAAUGGAACUUCACAUUUACGUCUACUUGUCAAUUGCUGCCUUUUCUCCUGAUAAUGCGUACCAUCAGCAAGUCAAUAACAGGGAGCUGUCAUGCUCUGGAGAAGGAAGAAUUGCUUACAGCCAACUUUAUAGCAUGAAAAAACUUUGACUUUGACAAGAUGGAGUUACGGUUUAGCUCACUGUUCCAGGACGCAAUUUUUUUUUUUUUUUUUUUGUAGGAUUUUUUUUUGUAGGGGAAGGUCCUGCCCUUCUUCGCCUGAUUGUCUAGAAGUGCUGGACUUCGAUUGGCUAUUCCUAAUCGCUGUGAAACGUCAUUGUCUGUCGGGUUAGGGUUAGGGUUAGGGUUAGGAGAUUCAGAAGUGCGAUAAUGUUCUGUAAUGUUCUGUUCAAUGUACAAAGCUGACAGCCCACAUUUGGCUUGACCUUUCCAGCUCUUCUAGCCAAUCAGAGGUGAAGGAGGUGGGACUUUCCCCUACCAACAUACAAAAAAAAUAUAUCGCUUCCAGGACCAUGCCUUUAAAAUGGCCCAAAAAAAACUUAAAAAAGAAGAAUCUCUGUAUGUUACCAACACAAGUAGAAAACUGACUCACACAUUCUUUUUAUUUGUACUUGUGAUUAUUUCAAAGUAGGUCAUUGCCAUCCAAGGGAAAAUUAUUGCAAGAUGUGAUGAUGUGUCGCAUCAUGGCAAUCAUGAAAGAGCAAGGCUGUCAGGAAGAAAACUGGGGCAUGUUGAAUGACUAAGAAAGCUCAACUUCCUCCCAUAUACAUCAACCAUCUCUAUCAUCAGAAAGAGCUUUAUUUACACAAAAAGUGUGCAUUUGUGUGACUUUGUGUGAGCACGCAUAAUAAGUAUCUGUACAUAUUCCAUUCAGGUUGGGCAGCAGAGAAGUACAGGUGUGUGCCUGGUUCAGUGUUCAGGGCCAAGACGCUCCAACCAACCCAGCGGGAUCAUUUUUGACAUCAACAAGUUCCUGAUUGGUCUGCAGUGGGCGAAGGAGCGACAGUUUCAGCAGAGCCAAACACCACUGCAACGGGUAGAUGAUGAUACCAACCGCUCUAUCUCAUCCAUAGAGGAAGACUUUCAGACGGCCUCAGAACACCUCGGUGAUGACAGUGAGGACGACGGCUUCAGAAAUGGUUAGUCUUCUUUUCUUUACCAUAGAUGUUUUGUUUAAGCUCAUGUUCAGUUCCUUAUCAAUGUAUUUACAGUAAGGCACAUAAAAAAAUCUCUUAAACCUACAACAGUAAUACAAUGUCUAUAAUGAAGUUCCUUAAACAGCAAUAAUCUUUGUGUUCGUUGGCUCAUUGUCAGGUUUUAGCACAUCUAAUGACAAAGACAAGAAAAGGGAUAAUAACUUUAUUAAAACUGAGUUUUAAACAGAAAAAUAACCUUUAUUGCAAAUUAAAGUAACCUUGAUAAGGUUAAAAAUAUGUAAAUAUUUUUACAAUGAUUGAUGGCAUCAAACUGUAACUCACAAUUUUUAUUGUGACGGUUUUAACACUCUCAUUAGUAUUUAAAUAGCAGAUAUUUUGUCAAAUUAAAGCUCCUGUGCAUCACUAAAGAAGUAGCCCUGAUCUCAUCCUUCUAAAAUUUUGAAUUGACAAAAAAAAAAUCUCCUCUUGUCCUUUUUAUGGUCAAAUUUUUCACUCACUGUUAAGAUUUGCUCAUAAGGAAAAGUAACAGAGGCUGUUUCUUCAGUGCACCUAGCCCCUCACUGAAGUUACAGGUGUUAAAUAAUAAAAUGUAUUGUAAAUCAUAUCACACAAAUUGUCGAUCUUAUCAUUGAAUGCCUGAUCUGCUUUUGUGCACCAUAGAGAUGCAUCAGAGUCCAUCUCAGUCUGUUUCAUAACUGUUUAAAAUCUCCUCACAGGAGCUUUAACAAAUUGCAGCCAGUAGAAUUACUCUGUUUUUCUUCCUGUGUUUGCAGCAACACUAUCAGGCCGGUUGUACUGCCAUCACUGUUAUGCUCCACUUGAAGGUGGCCCUAUGGAGCUAACAACUAUUUACAUACUGAGCCAUUAAAAGAAACGGAAAACACUUUCAAAAGUUUAGUAUGUGAUUUAUUAAAACAAAACACAUUUAAAUAAUUACCAAAGAUAAACUAAAGAACAAUCAAGAAGUCAACCAAAACACAGGGAGCUACGGAAGACAAAAGCGGAAAAAAAGAGACAAACAUACAGCCAUGACAAUCACAGAGUGAUUUCUAUAGUGACUGAGAAUAUUUGACACAAGAGAGAAGUAUAUAACACUCGACAUUAUGUUUCCCUGAUGAUGAAUGAAUUGAACUAAAUCACCUGAAUUUCUACCAAUUUGAAACUGAAUGGGUCUCACAUGACAUAAACAAGCUUCAUUAUUCAGUGAAGGGUAAAAGAUGGUAAUAUUCUACUCUCCUAAACUGAUAGAGUUACUUCCUAAUCUGUGAAGACACUUUUUCAUUCUGUUUCUCUUUAUCCCCUUGUCUUCUCACAGAACCAGAAAGUGGUGACCUGGCUGAGAGCUUGGUAGAGGCAGCACAGAAACACUGUGUAAGACUCGCAUGUCAGAGGGGACAGCCGGCCCUUCAUCAGAACAGGGAGGAUGCGGCGGUAAAAAGAGAAGGGUAUCAGCAAGCAAGCCUUCAUACAAAGGAAUCAGCUGGUCAUUAUGCCAACAAUUUGGCAGAGUCCGUUCUGCAAGAUGCCUUCAUACGCCUCUCUCAAGAUGAAACAUCCUUUGUCUCUGAGGCUGCAGUCAGCGUCUCCCUCUCCAGUCGGCCCUCCAACACCACAGCUCUCUCGAAGGCCAAACAGCCUUCCCAACAGCGCACCUGCUCUUUUGAACUCCCCAAGAUUGUUAUAGUUCAAAGUCCUGAUAGUUCUGACGGGGCUGUUGAGUGGCAAGAGAACCAGGUGUCUCAUGUGCCAGAUCAGGAUAUCACUGCCAAAGCCGGAGAGGUUCAAGAGAACGGGACACAGGCCCAUAUUUUACAUCACAACAGGGGACAUCCAUCCAAACAUGUUGAGGUGGCUUUGGCUUGUGCUGCCAGUGUCAUUGGGACCAUAACCACCCCGCAGCUGACUGAACAGCUAGCCAUGGAAUCAGAUUCAGAGGAGGACGCAGAGGAAGACCUCCAGGAACCAGAGGAGAGAGCUGACUACUCCUUCUCCUCAGCAGUGUGUGGCAUGGCUCAGGUGGCUGGUGCUGUAGCGGCUGUGGAGCUGACAGAAGAGUCAAGGGAGGCGUGUGAUUCUGAUGCUGACGCCCCUGAAGUCUAUACAGCAUCACAAGGUCUGAUGUCUGCUGCUGAAGCCUCAACAGCCAUCCCUCUGCAUUGCAGAGUGGCAGAGGGGACCAGCGUUGAAGCGUUUCGUGCCAACAUCGCCGAAGUCCUUCACAGGGAAGCAGCUGAGGUGUUGACUCAGCCCCAAGGAUACAGGAGCGUCGCCCAACUGCUGGAGGCCACGCAUAACAAGAUAGUUGAUGGCAUUACUUGUCCAAAAAAGUCCUACAUGGAUGAAAGGGAAGUGGAUGACAUAAUAAAUGAGGUGGCAGACAGCCUGUUCAAGCAUGCUUUAGAGAAGGCCAAAAAGAAAAAAGAACUUGAGGGAACUGGAAAAGACGCACCAAACCUCCAAGUUUUUCUGCAGGACAGUGUGAAUAAUUUGCUUUUUGAUAUCCUUUGCCUGACACAGAAGAAAAUCAGUCACAUCAAAAGUGACAAAGAGUCAUGUGAGACACAAGAGGUUCAUACUUCUGCAAGGGAGCCUGCUACUACCAAAGAGAGCAAGGAUCCUUUGAGUCAUGCACAGUGCCUAGUUGGCCUUAGCCAGUCCUCGAAUAAAGAGAACCACAGCAGUGUCCUUCACAGUACAGGUAAGCCAAACAUGGUUCCUGGGCAAGAGGAGAAACAUGUGCUUGAGGAAGGUGAUACUGUGGCAUCCUCUUCUAUAACACACAGCAAAGAGCAACAGCAUCAGUCAGUGUGCAGACAAAGUAUUUUCAAAUCCGCCUCCUUGCCUAGCAGGGACUUGUCCGACCACCAUCAGAUGCAGCAGAGCAGUUUCAUCAAUAGAGACCCUUGGAGUGAGAUCCCGGGUAUAAGUGCAGAAAAGAGGGGAAGACUUGGAACAAGCAGUGACAGCAGACAGUCCUCCCUCACACCCCAGUCCUCCCUCAACUCUUGCAGCUCCCUGCUCUGCUUGAGAAUGGAUUCAGAGACAAGGACGCCUAUUACUUGCUAUGCAGAUGAUUUGGCUGCUACUGUUGUGUCAAUGGCCACAGAACUAGCAGCAAUCUGCCUGGAGAACUCAACUGGUAAACAACCCUGGUUUUGUGCUCUUAAAGGGACAUCUCCUGAAGGGCCAGAAGCUUACUUGUUACCUGCGUGUCGCUCAGUGCUCAGGAGAAAAGAGGGUCAAAGUGGAAAUGCCUCCUCCAAGAAACACAGAGCACCACGUCUCAGUGAGAUCAAAAGAAAAACCGAGGAGCAGCCUGAGCUGAUGGAGCGGCUGGUGAACAGGGUGGUGGAUGAAUCAGUCAACCCAGAGGAACUACAGGACCCGUUUGCACUCUUCGCCUCUGAGGUCACUGCCAGGAUAAUGAACUGUCCUGAGUUGAAUGUGGUAGAUACCUCCAAAACAGGCCAGGCACGCAGCAGGCUGCAGUGUGAGAGGUGGAGCAGAGGAAAGGCCUCCAGUUAUGAGAGUAUUCCAGAAGAAGACGCAGACCCCUCAGGCACAUCCAACACCCUGGGCCUCGGCAGCAGAUUAGGUCAGAACUUGAGCCGAGAUAGCUCCAUCUCGAAGCAGUCGAGCUGUGAGAGCAUCACGGAUGAGUUCUCAAGGUUCAUGGUUAACCAGAUGGAGACUGAGGGCAGAGGCUUUGACCUCCUGCUGGACUACUACGCAGGGAAAAACGCCAGCAGCAUUCUGACCGCAGCUGUGCAGCAGGCUGCUUCAAAGAAAAACGGCCAUCUUAAUGUUAGGACCUCAUCCUGCCUCUCAAAACAGUCAAGCACAGAGAGCAUCACAGAGGAGUUCUACAGGUUCAUGCUCAGGGACAUGGAUAAGGAAAACAAGGAGUAUGGGAUCGCCAAGACUAAAGAGUGGAGCAACAGCCUGUUUCCCCCCUCUCCUAGGUCACCGUUCUGCAUAAGACAGUCCUCUGUCCCAGAUCGACGCUCCUCAGACUCAAGACUGACCGUCAACUCACCAAUCAAAGCCAAUUCCUUUGACGGAUUUGCCCGCAACGUUCACGGGGACACACUGAAUAUCUUCCCCUCAAAUUCAGUGUCGGCCACAGGACUAUGUAAAUCGGACUCCUACCUCUAUCAAAGGGGCAAAUCAGACCAGAUUACUGACAUGCUUAUUCACGAGACCUGGUCAAGCUCUAUUGAGUCUUUGAUGAGAAAGAACAAGAUCAUUGCUGAUCCAGAGGACAGUAUCGAGUUGGAGGCUGCAGGAGACUCCCAGCCCCAUGUGCAGCAGUUUGCCAAUCGCCUUGCUGCAGACAUUGUAGAUAGCGGUAAGUCUGCACUAGGGGCCCAGCAAGAUUCAAUCGGGGGGAUCUGUGGGUCGUUCCCACAGCCACACAUGCCUGUAGGUGAAAGAAGAAGGGGGUUCAAACAAUCCCAUCUAGCUUGUGGACGAAGUAGGUCCAGUCAGGAGAAAACUGGUAUUGGAGUAGGGUCUGGGUCCAUUGAUAACAUCACACCACGCCUGAGGGGCCCUAGAGAUGUGCCGCUGAUCCAUAUUGAAGGGGAUCAGAAGGAUGAGGAUGCUGUAUUGAAGUCAGAAAGGACUGGAGGAGGACUGCAGGAAACAACCCAAGACAUGUCAGGGAUGAAGCAAACGGAGAGAGCUACAGCCAACGGCGGCAGGUAUAAACACUCAUCACAGUCCUUAAUGUGACCUCUCUUUUACGCAGCCCAGGGGCAGAAUCGUGGUAAUGUUUAUGUAAAAAGUAACAUUUAAUUUGACACAAGUGAGGGUAAAAUAAAUGAAGAAUCACAAUUUUAGAUUUGUAAAAUAUCAAAUAUUUGUUCAAAUGUUCAUUUUAAAUAGCUGAAAUUCAGACUCUACAAUAGUUCAGUCUUAGCAGAGCUUCUUUAAUGUUUAAUCAAACACUUGACUCAUGAGGAUUCAGGAAAAACUUAUCUAUUCUAGUGUGUGUAAGAUUGGAGAUGUUUGACUCACAUCGUCUGGAGGAUAGUCCUUGUGUGCAGAAAGCUUUGCACGGCUUUGCGUUUUAUCUCCCGAGGCUGUUAAACUCACCUUGUGGCUAACAGAAUAAAUACCUCGAGCUUCUCUUAUUGUGUAUUUCAAUUGACCCUGACACCACAAACAUACCCAGGAGGCGGAGUGUUGCUUUUUACUUGCGUAUGUGUGUCUCAUGGUGACAUUAAUAGAUACAGUCAGACCUACACCAGGGUGAAAUGAUUGCCUUGAGAGCACUUCUGGGAUUGACUUGCUUAUAUUUCGGUGCAUGUGUUAACAGGUUAGAGCAGCAACACAGCAAGGUCAGGAUGAAGUAUCAGCGGCACAAUAUUUCCAGACAGACAGACAGACAGACAUAGAUAGAUAGAUAGAUAGAUAGAUAGAUAGAUAGAUAGAUAGAUAGAUAGAUAGAUAGAUAGAUAGAUAGAUAGAUAGAUAGAUAGAUAGAUCUAUUUUAUAAAGGUAUUACAUUAGGAUAGAGGACAAGAGCUUAAAAUGAUACGCUCAAACUGUAAAACCAUAGACUGUAUAUAGAAUGGACACCGUCUGCCUCCUCUCUGGGUUAAUCCACUCUGAGAACAGCACCCUCUGUUGACAGGCUGCAGUAUAGGUCAUAAAUCCCGCCUCCUCCAGCAAUCCUUGGACCGUGGACAAACUUUAGAAACUAAUUACACAAAAUAUAAAUUGUUCUCACCCCUGCUUGUGAUGUUGACAUGUAGUUAUUGUAAGACUGGUUUGUGCUCAACUCCUCUUUUUUCUGUAUGGUUCCAUUUUUAAAAGUUAUUAGGGGGUUCAUAUUUUCUGUGAUUGACACUUGAUACAGCCUAUAGGCGUAUGAAGAUUGCGUAGCUCACCCGGGGGAUACACUGUUUGAGCCGAGCGUCAUCACAGCGACUCGCCCGCUGAAUGCGUACAACGCUACUGCGCAAUGUUGGUUUCAGGAAGUGGAGAAAAAACACAGAAAUACAGAGAGCUUUUCAGCUUUAAAUCUGUAUACUGGCAGAAGGCAGAGCCAAGUUGUCCAUAGUAUAUACAGUCUAUGGUAAAAACUAAAAGGAAGAUUUUCCCAGAAGACAUUUCAGCCAAUAGUCUGAGGGUGGUAAAGACAGAGGUGGGUCUUUGUGCAAUAAAUUGUCCAAUCAAAUUCAAAAUCAAACCAACUUGAAAUUCUCAAGUGAAAAGAUCUACUGUGCAAGAGAAUUUCACGAUACAGAGUGAGAAUAUAAAGUCUGUAUUUUGGGUCUGAGUUUUUUAAAGAAAUUAAGAUCCUCAAAAAACAAACUAAUUCUAACAAAACAAGAGUAGAACAGCUAAGAGGCUCCCAAGCCACAUAAGAGUCUCACGACACACUUCCUUUUACCUCACACUACAUGUAAUCCAAGAACAAGUGAAGUGUAUCUGAGAGGUCCCUGUGUGAGAGUGGAAUUCAGUCGCAUGCCCAGUCAAUAAAACAUAAUUUCCCUCUGGACCUGUCAAGGAUGGUAGGCUUCAAUCAUCUGAUUAUGACUUCAUUUAAUCCAUUUUCUAAAAGACAUUGGGAAUCCAACAGUGUCUCCCUGGGAAUGCAGUUUGCCAACGCAAAAAGAUAAUGAAAUUUAUUUAUUAAAUUUUUUGGUUCCAAGUUAUUUUCUGUUUCUAGGCCUCCGUUAUCCUUAGAGCUAGAGUCUUUAGAGAGUGAAGUGUCCAGAUUCUGCCUUAUUAAAAUUUCAUUACAACCGUGUGUUAACAUGAAUAAUGAACAGAGGAACACAGGGAAAAGUGGAAACUAGUCAAAGUGAGCACACACACGUCAGCAGAUAUUUUGCAGAACUAGCCGAUGGUCACACCCACCAUCUUGCGGUUUGCUCUCCCCAGCAGUGAGAGGGACAAGUCAGCUGCGGCGGUGGCUGCAGUAGCCAAGAGGGACAAGCGUUCUAUGAGUGCUAGCAGUGAAGAGAGCAUGGGGAGCUGGUCCCAUAUAACCCCAGAAGAUGACCCCCAUGAGGAGACCAGUAGUUUUAUCCAGCUGAGCGAGGGGUCAGUAACCAUUGCUCCUUAAUACUGCUGCAAACGCUGCUACUCCCACCCUCACCCCACUCUCAUUGGCCCAUUGCUGCUGAUACCAAUGCUCUCCAACGCCAGUGCCAGUUUUUACCCCUGCUGCUACAAAACCCACACCUGCUAAGGUGGUCAAUGGCAGAGUGCUCUGACCACAAAGCCCUCUCCAUAGCCUGCAUACAGGACCACGCCAUGCACCUCGCAACACAACACACAACUACCUGCAUCUUGCAUUCAUAAAAGCCUCUGGGUUAGGACCUUACUACCUUAUCUGUUUACCUUCAGCCAAAAAUUCAACCUUUUUUCUUAAAGCACUAAGUCGUCUGUUGCUGUGAAAAGCUUACAGCAGAGGUGGUUGUGCUUUGACUCCUUCUUAAAACAACCUAUUACUAUAAACUUGAAUUAUGGACCAAAUUUUACAUCAACAAAGUAAAGAUUAUAAACUGAAACUUAAACAGCAUGAAUUUUCUUUAAAGGUCUUUGUGUACAGAUUUUAAACUACCUAUUUUUUUGUUUUUGAUUAACUAGAAAGAUACACAACACAACGCUCGCUGCUCUUUGCCAACCUCUCCAUCUAAGCUGCUCACUUGAACCUCACCUCAUCCCCCUGAUCCAUGUUGUGAUACAUGGGCAUGGCUCCCAGUCCUGCCUGUCCACCUUUACCUGCCUAAACUAGCUCUGAAUCUGCUCAUCUCCAUAUUCAGACAGGCUUGCUGCUGGACAAAACUCCUCAGCCCUCCCCACCCUUGUCCGAUUCCACUGCAGCUGCUCUUUAUAUGUUAAUCACCAGCUAAUGAACAACAUGACCUGCAUCGCUGCGUCUAGUUAUCGUUCCCUUCACACGCAAGUGAUCAUGUCGAGUGUCUUGAGACAACAAGUGGAUGACGUUGUCUCUUGUUCUGUUAUUGGUUAAACAGGAAUGGAACCAGCAGCGCAUCAAGCCUAGGCUUGGCAGACCUGGAUGCUUUUUCUGAUGUGCCUACUCAGAGCACAAUAAUCAGGUACCUGUCAGAAGUUAGAGGGCUGAGCUGAACUUUUUUUCUCAUUAAAGUGUCACUUUGAAGCCCAAUAAUUGGAACUUUUUUUCCCACUCAAUUCAGCAGAUAGAAUAUUGCCUUUUCUUAUUUCUUCACUAGAGCACAAGGUGGCUCGUGACUUCAUGACUACUGACCUAACAUUGAUGCAUUUUAAUAAACACAAUAUUUCUAAUAAAGGUUAAUAUUUACGGAUGUAUUAUCAUUUCUUCUCUUGCUGUAAAUCAGAAGAAAAAAGGGUAACACUGAACAAUAACCUUAACUUAUAUAUGGUAAAUAGACCAUUUAUAAAUGGUAUGCAGAUGGUUUAUUAUUGUUUAUCAUAUUGUCAUCAAUUAUAAGUAGCAUAUAGACCAUGAUUAAACUGUAAAUUUUACAAUUUUAAAAACCUAACCCUAACUUUGUUAUAACCAUCUAAGUAUUGUUUGUAGGUGGUUUAAAAACCAAAUAUCAACCAUUUACAAAGUGCUACUGACACACAUUUUAAUCUAGAUGUUUUACAACCAAUAUUUAAACCCUAUAUAAACCUUUAAUAAAUAGUCCAUUAAUAAUUAAUGAAAUGAAUAUAAAUCUCAAUAGAACCACAAUGGGUUGUUAUCACUGUAUUGCGUGAUUUAAACAUACAAGAUAUAAUUUUUUAUAGUUGUAAGCGUCAGAGUUACUGGUUAGCAGAUUCAUUACCUUCAGAUGAAGAAGCGUUAGCUCGUUUCUGAUCUGGUGCUGCUUAUUAAUCAUUAAGACAUAAAAGGGUUCCAGUUUUUUCAUCUUACUCUCCAAGUGAGCAGGCAUAUGUUUUUUUAAGAUUCUUAGACCAUCUCUCUAAGUAAUCAUGUAUAAAACUGUAGCUUUUUAUAUUUUUUCACAGCGAGGAGACGGAGAAAAGCCAUCCGGCGGUAACCAAGGAGAAUGCCUUUGGUAAGUAUAGGGAUGUAUUGUCAAUUUAUUGGCCUGUUAUUGACAUUUAAAUGAUUUACCUUAAUGGCCAGCUCAAACAUAUCUCAUCUCAACAAUAUCUUUCAGCGGUCAAUGCUACUGUGUGCUUGUGCUUGAUUUAAGUACCACAAACUGCUUCUAGGAUUUACUUGAAUGAAGGCAGUCUUCUUCUCUGUAACAUGGAUGGUCAUCAAUAAUUCAAUGGGUCUCAUAGUUGUAGAAGUUUCUCACAAAGUUCAUAUUUGUUUAAUGAUUUAAACUCCUUCAAAGCCUCUCCAAAAGUAAAACUAAAGCAGAACUUACUGUGGUAAAGUAACACGGAGAACAAAGUUAACAUUUCAGCUGUGUAGGCUACCGUACUGAUGCCCUUCAACAACAGCAUGUUUUUUCACAUUUAAUCUUUCAGAGAGCAGUCCAGCUAGGGCAGCGAGCAGCAGUGGGAACCUCAGGGUGCUGUUGGUGGUAAACUGUGACCUGGAGCCUGAGUGUGUGGACUCAGAGCUAAGGGUGGCUCUUCAGUGGAUUGCUGCCUCGGAGCUGGGCCUACCAGGGCUCUACUUCAGAAAAUCCAGAGAAAAAAGGGUUGCAAAGGUGAGCACAGAUGGAUGCCUCUUAGAGAACACUACACUUCCUGUGUCUCCCUAUGAAUGCCCAAGAGAUACAAUCUUGAUCCAGUCUUUUUUGAAGCUGAAUUCUUCUUUUCUGAUCAUUAUUUAGAUUAAAAAAAAUAUACUAUAUUGAUAAAUACUCUCUUAUUUCCCCAAAGUGCUUAAAUCAGUGCUCCUGUAUUCAUUGUUUAUUGUGAUACUGUGUCUUCGUUCAGUUUCAGAGGGUGGUGCAUCUGAUGUCUCAGAAGUCAUGGCGGAUUGCAGACUUGUUUGGGGCUGUGGUCCAGUUCUGUAAGCAACACAAGAAAGAGGAAGAGGAGGGCCAGUCUCUAUCCAGCCUGUUUGACUGGCUUUUGGAAACCCUGUAGGAUGGACUAGCUUCUGUAUACUGCAAAUGAAAACACACACGCUCACGCAUUCACUCACACUACUGAAGUGUUUCUCACCUUUUACUCUGUCCUGUCUCGUCAUACUGAGUGUCUUCAACAGCGAGGUGAAAGCCUGACACAAUCAGCAUACUUGAGAUACCCAUACACCUCGAUGUGUCCAUGGAAGUUGUGUGUUUUCUGUUCACGACCAUAAAUGGACGAGUUUCCCUUUAAUAACAGCAUGUUUUGUUGUUGGAUUCACUUCUCUUGUGACACACACACAAGCACCGAGCUAACAAGGUGUUUUGGUUGGACAUUCCUGGAAGGAAUGAACUAGCCUUAAAGAGAUUAUAGACAGCAGGUUUUAACUGCUACAGAUAAUAUAUAAAAUAGAUAUAUAUUUACAGAUUCACACUACCAAAUUAUGCUUCUGUAUUUAUUUAUUUGUUAAUUUAUUUAUUUAAGUAUUCCAGAUGAACACACAUGAAGCAAAGAACCUACAGAAAAUAGGAUAAUCAGGUUAAAUUCUCAAACUAACUUAACAUGCUUGAACCUUUUCUAUCAAAAUGACCUUGUAAAAGAGGCUGAGUGAAGAUAAGUAAGCCCAGAAACGCUCUUUUAAUUAUGAUAGCCACUUUGUAGUGUACAUUUGCUGAAAAUAAGCAAAAUGUUCAUUUUUCCUGGUUGUCCUCAUUAGCCAACAUCCCACCUCUGUUGUGACCUUGAAAAUGGGUUCUAAGUAAGUGAGUUAUCUUGUUAAUGUUACUGUUACUCGAGAACUGAUUAUUUUGGAUAGCUGUACUGUAUAUACUGUAGAUUUGGAACUGCUGCACCUUGGAGUAGUGGACUGCUCUCUUUAGCUUUUACUGUGUCGGGGAGACAGAGUAAGGUUUGUAAUGUUGAAUUUGUAUGUGAAUUUGGUCUGUUUUUUUCUCUACUUAGUGGUGGUACUCCUGUGUUACAUCAGCAUCGAGGGGGGAAAAAAAGCACACAAUUCAGCUGUAAACUGUCACGGUAGACCUGAAUGUAUUUAUCUUUUGACAUAAAUAAAUUUCUGUGAUGUGAAACACAA